CCUUUUGACAAGAUUCCUCACUUGAAAACCAAAAAAAAAACGAUCUGCUAAGAUCUCCAUUCUCAAUUUCGCCUCCAAGUCGAUAAGUACCAACCACCAUGGCCAAGCUCAGCAUCAAGAACGUGGACGUUAAGGGCAAGCGCGUGCUCAUCCGCGUGGACUUCAACGUCCCCUUUGCUCAGGACGGCUCCAUCUCCAACACGCAGCGCAUCGACGCAGCGCUGCCCACCGUGCAGUACGUGUUGGACCAGGGCGCCAAGGCUGUGGUGCUCAUGUCCCACUUGGGUCGCCCUGAGGGCCAGCCCAAGGCCAAGGACUCGCUGGCCCCUGUGGCCGUGGCUGUGGAGCAGAAACUCGGCCGCAAGGUGACGUUCCUAAAGGACUGCGUUGGCCCCGAGGUCGAGGCUGCCUGCGCCAAUCCUGCCGAAGGCAGCGUCAUCCUGCUCGAGAACCUGCGCUUCCACGUCGAGGAGGAGGGCAAGGGCAAGGACGCCGAGGGCAACAAGACCAAGGCGUCGCCCGAGGCUGUGGCCGCCUUCCGCGCCUCGCUCAGCAAGCUCGGUGACGUGUACGUCAACGAUGCGUUCGGCACGGCUCACCGCGCCCACAGCUCCAUGGUGGGCGUGGAUCUUCCCGUUAAGGCCGCGGGUUUUCUGCUGGACAAGGAGCUCGUGUACUUUGCCAAGGCUCUGGACGCUCCGCAGCGCCCUUUCGUGUCGAUUCUGGGCGGUGCCAAGGUGGCUGACAAGAUCCAGCUCAUUAUGAACAUGCUCGACAAGGUGGACGAGAUGGUCAUUGGCGGUGGCAUGGCCUACACGUUCAAGAAGGUGAUCAACAACAUGGAGAUCGGUGGCUCGCUGUACGACGAGGAAGGCGCCAAGAUCGUGCCGCAGAUCGUGGAGAAGGCCAAGGCCAAGGGCGUGACGCUGCACCUGCCUGUGGACUUCGUUAUUGCCGACAAGUUCGCUGCGGAUGCCGCCAAGAAGAUCUCGACUGAGGAGGAGGGCAUCCCUGCUGGCUGGAUGGGUCUGGACGUGGGUCCCAAGUCGCAGGAGGCGUUCAGCGCCGCUGUGACGAAGGCCAAGACCGUCGUCUGGAACGGCCCCAUGGGCGUGUUCGAGUUCGACGCGUUUGCUGACGGCACGAAGGCUGUCAUGGACGCUGUGGUCAAGGCCACCGAGUCGGGCGCCACUACGAUCAUUGGCGGCGGCGACACGGCCACGUGCUGCGUCAAGUUCAACACGGAGGACAAGGUCUCGCACGUGAGCACGGGCGGCGGUGCCAGUCUGGAGCUCCUGGAGGGCAAGGUGCUGCCUGGUGUGGACGCCCUGUCGUCGGCGUGAAUUGUACGGCCUACCGACCCUGUCAAGAGGAGCGGGUUGUAGUCAUUUGUUUCUCGUUCCUACUAAUCGCAGCAAAUACACAUAACAUUCCAAAAGCCAA